AUGCAUGACCAGUACGACACAAGGGCUUUACGAAUUGGACCGAACGAGCUUCACUUGACGGAUGUUUCUCUAUACAAGACGAUCUACAACCAGACAACACCCUACCUAAAACACAAGCCAUUUUACGAUUCGUUCUCUACUCCACACACCAUUUUUGCCGAAUGCCAGCCGCAGCUGCACAAACAACGCAGGAAAAUCCUCAACCCGUUCUUCUCCCGAACUGGCGUCCUGAAGCUUGAACCUAUUAUCACGGAAAAGAUUGAGCUCUUUCUAGCAAAGGUAAAGAAAAUCGGACCCAACGGACCGAUUGAGGUGGGUCACGCGUUCAGGUGCCUCACAGUCGACGUCAUCUCUCAGUUUGCCUUCGGACGCUCGAGAGGCCUGAUUCACGAAGUUGAAGUUCCAGAUCGUUUUGAAAGCGACCUUCUUAAGGCCAUUGAUGAUGGAGGUGAUAGCCUGGCCGAAAUUCAACACAACCCGCUGCUUCGAUACCUCACUAGUGUAGUGCCACUAUCUUUUAUAUCGAAAUUUAAUGACACGACGAGACAGAUUCACAAUCUCCAACAAUUUGCCAGGGACUCGGUAUCAGAUUACAACCGAUUUUACAAAAGUGGCGCUGUUGAAGCUCCUCAUCCCAUCAUCUUUGAUAGUUUAAAAGAUGUCUCCCAUGAGGAACAAGCGAUGGAGGCAGUCGAUAUCCUUUUAGCCGGGUGUGACACAACUGCCUUCACGGUUGAAACGUCGCUUUUUUACAUCUUACAAGACAAGAGAAUUAAAGAAAAGCUUGUUGCGGCUCUGAGGACUGCGAUACCGAAUCGUGGCGAUAUGCCUCCACUGCUAGAGCUGGAGAAAAUUGAGUAUUUGUGGGCUUGUGUUAAAGAAUCACUACGGGUCGCCAUGCCGGUGGCAGGCCAGCUGCCCAGAGUCGUUCCCAAGGGAGCGGCUCCUCUUGUUGUGGAUGGAAAAGUGAUUCCACCAGGAACCAUAAUUGGAAUGUCAGCCUAUACGAUGCAUACAUCCCCUGAGCUUUGGGGCCCUGACGCCCGUUCUUUCAAUCCGGAUCGAUGGCUCGGCCCCGCUGGCAAGACACUCGAUCAACACUUGUAUACCUUUGGGAAGGGUGUUCGCCAGUGUAUCGGGAUCAAUGUCGCGCAUGCUGAGGCUACCAUGCUGCUGGCGUACCUCUUUACGAACUUUGAAAUGACGCUGAAAACACGAGAGCUCGAGACUUGGGAUUCCUUUGUGUGCAAUCACAAGAAGGGUGUUUUUGUGGACUUCAAGUAUAUACCUGUCUAG